UUCUUGUAUUUUGUUGACGAGGUUGACGUUACUAAGAACAUUGCUUAUUAUAUUUCAAAGAAGUUAUGUUCCAAAAUGUCUAAUUUAUUAAAAAUCGAUGGAAGUUUAGGCGAAGGUGGAGGACAAGUAUUGAGAGUGGCUCUCUGCUUAAGUGCACUUUAUAGAAUUCCUGUUGAAAUUGACAAUAUUCGAGCCGGUCGUCCUAAACCAGGUUUAGCUGCUCAACAUCUAAAAGGAGUAGAGCUCGUGAAAGAAUUGUGCAAUGCAAGAGUUCUUGGAGCGCAUAUAGGCUCUACACGUCUGGAAUUUCAUCCAGGCCCUUUAGAAGGUCGAAGACGGGAAUAUGUUGCAGAUACAAAAACGGCCGGAUGUAUUGGUUUAUUAGCACAAGUUGGGCUUCCUUGCGCUCUUUUUGCUCCUUCUUCCGAACCAAUUACUUUAAUUCUAAAAGGUGGAACAAACGUGCCCAUGGGACCACACAUAGAAUAUCUUACAGAGGUCUUCAAACCUAUUCUUAAUAAGUUUGGAGCUGAUUUCGAUUUCUCAGUGAUAAAAAGAGGGUAUUAUCCAGCUGGAGGUGGCGAAUUCCAUUUAAGAAUAAAGCCAGUCAAACAUUUGAAUGCUGUGGAUUUAACAAAUCCAGGGAUUCCUUCCCAAAUCACAGGCUGGUCUUAUGUCGCUGGGGUUGUUCCUAUAAAUGAAGCUCAUAAAAUGGCCAACGACGCCAAGAAUGUUUUAAAACAAGGACUUUCCAAUCACGAUAUUGCAGUCCCACCCAUCGAUAUUUUAGCUUACAAAGAAGAGAGAGAUACUGCAGUUGGAAAUGGUUCUGGUAUCAACGUCGUUUGUACAACAAAUACCGGAUGCAUUUUUGGUGGCUCGGGUCUAAGAUCUAAAAGGGAUCAAACAGUUCCAGGAAUCGAGGCCGCAAAUCAAAUCUUGACUCCACUUUUAUCAAACUCUUGUGUCGAUGAACAUUCACAAGAUCAGUUGGUCAUCCUUAUGGCUCUUGCAAAAGGAACUUCAAGAGUCUCCAUAGGCACAAAAGAACUAACUUGCCAUACGGAAACGGCAAUUAAAGUCGCCGAAAUUAUGUUAGGCGAUAGAGGUUUACGUUUCAAUCUUUCCAAAAGCAGCGGCGGAGAUCUCGCACCCCACAUUUUAGAAUGUGAAGGCAUCGGUCUAUUUAAUGAGUUUCUUAAGUAACUAUAAACAAUUACUAUAUACUUUUUGUUUUUAAAUAUUGUUGUAUUUUUCUUAUGAUUAACUGAAAAUCUUUUGUAAUGAAAGAUUUUUAGCUACGAUUUAUAAAACGUGAUUCUUUUGAAAUGGGAACUGGUCUUAGAAAUACAAGGUUUUCUAAUUAAAAAAUAGAACGUUCACUCUCAAAGCAUUUAUCAUCUUAUAUACAUUAUACAGCGUGCUUAAAACUGUCUCACAACUUUCUUAUCUUUACGGAAUAUCAUAUGUACAAGACAAUUAAACUCACGUCGUUUUCGUUGAACACAAAAAGAAUACUUACACUUGAGCUAAUAAACAUUCAAACAGACAA